UCCGAGAUUCAAAUGCGUCAUCAAAUCGCGCCGAACGUCGCAAACAAAACGAAAAAGUAUCAACAGUGGCAGCGUCUUUCCGAGCGACUUUGGUGGGGCAGUGGUUAUGAGCAGUCCCAUGGCUGGCUCGGCCGCAUCCAGUUCCAAAGACCGUCCAGUGUCCAGGACCAGCUUCAUCCCAGAACUACAGAGCAUGAUGUUCGCUCUGGGAGAUGCCCGCAGGCCCCUGCACGAGACCGCAGCUCUGGUGGAGGACGUUGUGCACACGCAGCUCAUUACCAUGCUGCACCAGGCCUGCGAGGGGGCGUCUCUUCGUGGUUCGAGGGUCAUUUCCGCUGAGGACAUCCUGUUCCUGAUGAGGAGGGACAAGAGGAAGGUGGCGAGGUUAUUAAAGUAUCUCCAGUUUAGAGAUUAUAAAUCAAAACUGCUCAAAACUCUAGAGGAUGAAGACCCACAGCAAGAAACAGACAGGUGGGGUGCCGCGGGCGGCGUUGCCGGCGGCAACCAGCGGAGGCAGCGACUGGCCCAGGACUUUCUGGUCUGGAUGGAUCAGACCGGCGAACUCCUGUCAUUAGCCGAGCGACAAGAAGUGGACCCCGUCAAACAGGAGAGGAUGGAGCGUUUAGAGCGUCAGACUCGAACUAUGGACCAGGCUCAGUACGCGGAGUUCUGUGAGAGUCGACAGCUCAGCUUCGCUAAGAAAGCCUCGAAGUUUCGCGACUGGCUGGACUGCAGCGGUUUGGAGCUCAAGCCCAACAGCAUCGCCAUGGAGAUCCUGUCAUACCUGGCCUAUGAGACGGUUGCACAGAUUGUGGAUUUGUCUCUGCUGGUGAAGCAGGAAAUGACGGCCAAGACCAAUCCCAUCAGUCACGUGAUCUCUGCCAGCUACAUCCACUACAACACACACACUGAGGUGAAGAAGGAUCCAGACUCACCUGAGGCCACUCCCCCCUCCACCCCGGGCUCCUCCCACUCAUCAAAGCCCCUCCCACAGGGUAACGGCAGUCUGGACGGACGAGCGAGACAGAGGAAACGCAAAAAGAGCUGCCCGGCUACAGUGGAACCUCCCAGUGGAGCCAUCCAGCCCUGCCACAUCAGAGAGGCUAUUAGAAGAUAUAACUACAGACACACAAGUGCUUAUUGGAGGAGUGGGAUGGCCUUCCUCGCUUGCUGAGGAUUAUUGCAUCAUCAGUCGCAUUCUUGCACGUACCUGUAUAAAUAUAUUUUUUUUUUUUGUUCCAUUGCUGUAAUAAAAGAGUUUUC